AUGGCUCUUGGUGGAUGGAUCAUAAAUGAAGGUGAUGUAGAGAGUGGUUCAGGUUUCAUAACAGCUUGGACUUCAUUAUAUCUUUUAGUUAAUGGUACAAAUUCAAUUAAAGCACUUGGUCAUGGUAAAGUUUGGCCAUUGUUAUUAUCUGGUGUUGCUGGUGGUAAUUUGUAUAUUCAUGGUAAAAGAUUCUUUUUCGGUUCAGGAAUUUGA